AUGAUCAAGUGCUUGUCAGUUGACGUACAAGCCAAAUUGCGUUCUGGCUUGGCUAUCAACUCCUUAGGCCAAUGUGUUGAGGAACUUACCCUCAACAGUAUUGAUGCUGAAGCAAAAUGUGUGGCCAUCAGAGUGAAUAUGGAAACCUUCCAAGUUCAAGUGAUAGACAAUGGAUUUGGGAUGGGAGGUGAUGAUGUCAACAAGGUGGGGAAUCGUUACUUCACUAGUAAAUGCAGCUCUGUACAGGACUUAGAGAACCCAAAGUUUUAUGGUUUUCGAGGGGAGGCCUUGGCAAGCAUAGCUGACAUGGCCAGUGCUGUGGAAAUUUCAUCCAAGAAAAACAGAACAAUGAAAACGUUUGUGAAAGUGUUUCAGAAUGGAAAAGCCCUAAAAGCUUGUGAAGCUGAUUUGACUAGACCAAGUGUGGGGACAACUGUAACAGUAUAUAACUUAUUUUACCAGUUACCUGUAAGGAGGAAGAGCAUGGAUCCUAGACUGGAGUUUGAGAGGGUGAGGCAGAGGAUAGAAGCUCUCUCACUCAUGCACCCUUCCAUUUCUUUCUCUUUGAGAAAUGAUGUUUCUGGUUCCAUGAUUCUUCAACUCCCUAAAACCAAAGACAUAUGUUCCCGAUUUUGUCAAAUUUAUGGAUUGGGCAAGGCCCAAAAGUUAAGGGAAAUAUAUUUUAAGUACAAAGAGUUUGAGUUCAGUGGCUAUAUCAGCUCUGAGGCACACUACAAUAAGAAUAUGCAAUUUUUGUUUGUGAACAGAAGACUAGUUUUAAAGACGAGGCUACAUAAACUCAUUGACUUCUUAUUAAGAAAAGAAAGUAUGAUAUGCAAGCCAAAGAAUGGCCUUGCCAGUAGGCAAAUGAAUUCAAGUCCUAGGCAUCGGUCUAGCCCAGAACUCCAUGGGAUAUACAUAAUCAACGUGCAGUGCCAAUGCUGUGAAUAUGAUGUGUGCAUGGAUCCAGCCAAAACUCUGAUUGAGUUUCAAAACUGGGAUACUCUCUUGGUUUGUAUUCAAGAAGGUGUGAGGACAUUUUUAAAACAAGAAAAAUUAUUUGUGCAAUUAUCAGGUGAGGACAUUAAGGAAUUGAGUGAAGAUAAUGAUUUUAGCUUAUUUUGUGCUACUCUUCAGAAGCAUCUGCCCUCUGGUGAGAAGUGUGACCAGAGCAGUUUUCAGGAAGCAUGUAAUAAUGUUUUGGAUUCCUAUGAAAUGUUUAAUUUGCAAUCAAAAACUGUGAAAAGAAAAACUACUAUAGAAAACAUAACUACACAGAAUUCUGGGAAUUCUGAAACUAUCCCCAUAAAGACAAAUGACUCAUUUUUGACCACUUAUGAAUCAAGUAACCCAGGCCAUAGUAAAAUGACAGAGUCACCUUUACACAACAGGAAAGAGAUGGUUGAAGCAUCAGAAUGUGGAGAAACUGAGAGACAUAAAAAGCCUUGCUCAGAGCGAAGUGCUGUAGAAAGUCUAUGUGGAUCCAAUCCAAAAAUGUUGUCAAGACCUCAGACUCAGCACCUCUGUGAGGAAAGUGAGGCACAUCUAUACAGACAGAAAGUAAGCACUACUGCUAAUGUCAUGUCUGCUGACAUCCCCCAAAAUACUGAAAUUCAAAAUCAAAUGGAGACAUCUAAAGAUGCUACUACUGAAGUGGGGUGCCAACCUCUGUCUUUUGAGACAACAGUAUUGAGAUUACAUAGUGCUCAGAGAGAGAAAGAGAAAAGAAAAAGGGAGCCUAAUAAUUGUGGAAGAGUAAAUGUUUUUAGCUACGGACAGGUUAAGUUGUGUUCCACUGGCUUUAUAACUCAUGUGGUACAGAAUGAGCAAACUAAGUCAACUGAAGCAGAAUGUUCAUUUAAAAGUUAUGCUCGACCUGGUCCUGUAAGUGCUCAAGAAACAUUCGGAAAUAGAACACACCAUUCAAUUGAAACUCCAGAUAGCAAAGACCUAGCCAGUACUUUAAGUAAAGCAUCUGCUCAGAUACCCAACAAAAAAUUUUGCAGAGCAAAUACAGGUAUUGGGAUUAAAAACAAACCAAUAGUAAUUGAUAACAAUUUUGCUCUUUCUGAGGAAAAUAAUAAAGACUCGCACACAGGCUCCUUAUUACCUGAUACAGCCUCUUCUUUCCCUUGGUAUAGAUAUGUCUCACAUAGUAGCAAGAAAACAGAUGAGCUUAUUGAUUCCUCCAAACACAUAGUCCGUAAGAAGCUAAGCUUAAAUUCUCAACUAGGAUCUUUAGAGAAAUUUAAGAGGCAGUAUGGGAAAGUUAAAAAUCCUGUAGACAGAGAAGUUGAGGAAAGUAGCAUUGAAGUCAGGACCAGCCUCAAUCCUCAAGUUGAACCUGGCAUUCAGCUCAAUGACAAAAACCACUUAGGUAUGUCUGAUGUUUGUAAAGUCACUACUAUGAAAGACAGUCAUUCAAAUGGUAGCUGUCAGCCAGUAGGUCACAGCAUGUACUCAGAGAACUUUCCAUUCCCUGGAGAAAACUCAGAAGAACAGAUUCCUUGUUUGAGAGAAAGUCCUAUAACUCUAGCAGAAUUGUCUCAUGAUAACAGAACACCUCCAGAUGCUCCAGAGAAGGCCCCUGCAUCACUGGCUUCCAAAUUAUCCAGAAUGAAGGAUUCUGAGAAAGAGACAAUGGAGAUGAAAAGUUAUACUAAUAUUAAUGAACUUCAAAAUUCAGAUUCCAGUAGGGAAAAUAACACUGUCUGCAGUAGGUUAAACUUAGAUCUUUGUGAGUUAUUUAAAAAUGAGCAUGAAAAAACACAGAGUGGCAUCUUUCCAAUGUCAGAGUCUACCACACAGGAUAAUUCCUUCAAUAAUGACAGUACAAUACAUUCUAGCAUCAAUACAAUGGGUAGACCAGAAACUCCUUUGCUGUUAUCCUGUAAUUCUAGAAUCAGUAACAAUUCAGGUGUUCUUACCAGGGCUUCGAAACAACAUAUAGGAAGUUCUGGCUCUCCCAAUAGGAUGGUAAUGAGUCAGGUAGGAGAUACCACAGCUGAUCAAGAUGGACUCUGUUCCCAAAGUGAGGACUCUAAAGCAAGAGCUUGUUCAGAAAACAAAGAGUCAGAUGCAAACACUUUGGAGUGGCAGCAGCAUUUUGAUGUAACCCUGGGCAGAAUGGUUUACAUCAACAAAAUGACUGGACUUAGCACAUUCAUUGCUCCUACUAAAGAUGUCCAGACUGCAUGUACUCAGGACCUGACAACUGUGGCUGUAGAUGUCCUACUUGGGAAUGGAUUUCAGUACAGAUGCCAUCCUUUUAGGAGCGAUCUUGUUCUUCCUUUCCUUCCGAGAGCUCGGGGAGAGAAAACUGUACUGAGGCAGAGUGACAGAGACGCUGUGGAUGACACUAUUGCUAAUGAAUCACUUCAGUCUUUGUUUUCUGAAUGGGACAACCCAGUGUUUGCUCGUUACCCAGAGGUUGCUGUUGAUGUCAGCACUGGCCAAGCUGAGAACUUAGCAGUUAAAAUUCACAACAUCUUGUAUCCCUAUCGUUUCACCAAAGAAAUGAUUCAUUCAGUGCAGGUUCUCCAGCAAGUGGAUAACAAGUUUAUUGCCUGUCUAAUGAGCACUAAGAUGGAAGAGGAUGGAAAAGCAGGUGGAAACCUGCUAGUCCUGGUUGAUCAGCACGCCGCCCAUGAGCGCGUCCGUUUGGAGCAGCUUAUUGCUGACUCGUACGAGAAGCAACCACAGGGAUCUGGCCGGAAAAAAUUGCUGUAUUCCACGGUAAUUCCUCCACUAGAGAUCACAGUGACAGAGGAACAGAGGCGACUGCUACGGUAUUAUCACAACAAUUUGGAAGAUCUUGGUCUUGAGCUGAUCUUUCCAGACACUAGUGAUUCUCUGGUCCUUGUGGGAAAAGUACCACUGUGUUUUGUAGAAAGAGAAGCCAAUGAAAUUCGAAGAGGACGAUCUACCGUGACUAAGACUAUUGUGGAGGAAUUUAUUCGAGAACAAGUGGAGAUGCUGCAGACCACAGGAGGCAUCCAAGGGACAUUGCCGCUGACGGUGCAGAAGGUGUUGGCCUCCCAAGCCUGCCAUGGGGCCAUUAAGUUUAAUGAUGGCCUGAGCCUGGAGGAGUGCUAUCGCCUUAUUGAAGCUCUGUCCUGGUGCCAGCUGCCAUUCCAGUGUGCCCAUGGGCGACCUUCUAUGCUGCCAUUGGCGGACAUGGACCACUUGGAGCAGGAAAAGCAGAUCGGCAAGCCCAAUCUUGCUAAACUUCACAAGAUGGCCCGUGCAUGGCGUCUCUUUGGAAAAGCAGAAAGCUGUGGUUCAAGGCAGAGCCUGCAACAGUCUACACCUCCUUGUGAGCCACCAUGAGAACGGUUAUUGAUCUGCCCAACAAAAGGGAACCGCACGCCUCUGAGCAGAAAGCAUGCACACAGCGCAGCCCGCCACAUCACUCAGCGCCAGGCCCAGCCAGUACUGCCGUCUCCCGGGGCAGAAGAUCCCUCUAGUUUACUACCCAGCUGCCUUUCAAGCCUAAGGACUGGCCAUUCCUUUGCAUCUGUGGACACAGGAGGUUGCAAUACAAUGUCUCCCUUUUGUAAAUUAAUUUAGGAUAAAAUUUAAUAAUCUGGUUGCAGGUUGCUGUAUGCUUGAGGGGUGUACUUACUUGCUCUGUGCAGUUGUUUUUCUUGCCCCCACCCACCCUCAGGGGCCUACCGCGCUGCCCUCAAAGCUCCACCUUCGCCUCCUGCCUUCACCCCGCCUGUCUUUAAAGUGUCUUCGUUUCCCUCCCAGUUCUGUCCGUUCUAAAUCACACACUUUCAGGAUUUCUCUGCUGUCCAUGAAGACAUUACCUGAUGUCUUCCAACAAGACUUGAAAUCAUUUUAGGUAUUCAAAAUUACUGAUAACCAAGUGUGAUGGUACAUACCUGUAAUCCCAGCACUUGAAAGACUGAGACAAAAAUAUAAUAAGUCUGAGAACAGCCUAGGAUACAGAGCUACCCCCCCAAAAAAAUUAAAUGUGUCAAUAAAUAAAUAAAUACAUAUUGUCAAAGAGAAA